AAUUACACGCAGUGAAAUGGUUUCUUGAGAAGGGGGCAAAUGUAACCUGUGUUAAUAACAGUAGGAGGAAUAUGUUACAUUUUGCCGCAAAGUGUGGAGAUACUGACGUCAUUGAUCUUAUCCAUUCUCACUUGCCGGACAUUGAGACCAAAACAGCCGAGGGUUCCACGCCACUAAUGGUGGCGGCUUUGCAUGGUAAAUUACAUGCAGUGAAAUGGUUUCUUGAGAAGGGGGCAAAUGUAACCUGUGUUGAUAACAGUAGGUGGAAUAUGUUACAUUUUGCCGCAGAGGGUGGAGACACUGACGUCAUUGAUCUUAUCCAUACUCACUUACCGGACAUUGAUUCCAAAACAGCCCACGGUUACACGCCACUAAUGGUGGCGGCUUUGAAUAGCAAACUACACGCAGUGAAAUGGUUUCUUGAGAAGGGGGCAAAUGUAACCUGUGUUGAUAACAGGAGGUGGAAUAUGUUACAUUGUGCCGCACAGGGUGGAGACACUGACGUCAUUGAUCUUAUCUUUACUCACUUCCCGGACAUUGAGUCCAAAACAACCGAGGGUUACUCACCACUAAUGGUGGCGGCUUUCAACGGCAAAUUACACGCAGUGAAAUGGUUUCUUGAGAAGGGGGCAAAUGUAACCAGUGUUGAUAACAGGAGGUGGAAUAUGUUACAUUUUGCCGCAUAUGGUGGAGACACUGACGUUAUUGAUCUUAUGCAUACUCACUUGCCGGACAUUGAGUCCAAAACAGGCCACGGUUCCACGCCACUAAUGGUGGCGGCUUUGAAUAGCAAAUUAGAGGCAGUGAAAUGGUUUCUUGAGAAGGGGGCAGAUGUAACCUGUGUUGAUAACAGGAGGUGGAAUGUGUUACAUUUUGCCACACAGGGUGGAGACACUGAUGUCAUUGAUCUUAUCCAUACUCACUUGCCGGAAAUUGAGUCCAAAACAGCCAAGGGUUACACGCCACUGAUGGUGGCGGCUUUGAAUGGCAAAUUACACGCAGUGAAAUGGUUUCUUGAGAAGGGGGCAAAUGUAACCUGUGUUGAUAGCAGGAGGUGGAAUGCGUUACAUUUUGCCGCACAGCCUGGAGACACUGACGUCAUUGAUCUUAUCUUUACUCACUUGCCGGACAUAGAGUCCAAAACAGCCGAGGGUUACACACCACUAAUGGUGGCGGCUUUCAAGGGCAAAUUACACGCAGUGAAAUGGUUUCUUGAGAAGGGGGCAAAAGUAACCUGUGUUGAUAGGAGGAGGUGGAAUGCGUUACAUUUUGCCGCAGAGGGUGGAGACACUGACGUCAUUGAUCUUAUCCUUACUCACUUGCCGGACAUUGAGUCAAAAACCGCCAAGGGUGCUACUCCUCUAAUCAUUGCUGUUUGUUCUGGCAAACUGCAAGGUGUAAAGUAUCUCCUUGAGAGGGGAGCUAAUCCUUUAACUAAGGAUGAUAACGGCCGGGAUUCUUUAUACCAUGCCUCAUCACGUGACCCAGAUGUUCGUGACUUCCUGCUGAGUCGCGUAGCUAGCAGUGAGUCAGCAAGCGGCAAUGAUUAACUCAGGUUGGUGAGAUAAGUUCUACAGCUUAUUUCAUGUUCGCUUAACUCUUUAAAAUCACUGGUUUGAUCGCCCCAUCAACUUCAAAGCUGACCCGAAUGAGUCGUAUGUUGGGUAGUUACUAUAGGGCUGCCUGUGGCACGCAGAUGACUUUUACUAAGAUAUUCAACCUCUUUGUUCAGCAAAUUAUUGUGCAAUUGGUUUCGAGAUAGACAUUUGUUUGGCUAAACUACUCAUUUGUUUUUGUUUUUGUUUUUUUAAGGCC